AUGGCCAACCACGUUGCACUUCUACUACUGCUGUCUCUCCAGCUCACCGCGUCAUUCUCUCAGCAGCCCGGCGACGACCCGGACUUCCGGACGCUCCUCAAGAUCAAGGAGCAGUUCGGCGACCAGGCCGCGCUGGUGUCCUUGCUGCCCGGCACCGACCAGUGCAACUGGCCGUACGCCUACUGCAACGAGCACCGCCGCGUCGUCGCCAUCUUCCUCCAGAACGUCAACAUCACCUCCACGAUCCCACCGGCCAUCGGCGACCUCGACCAGCUCCACACCAUCAGCAUCCACAGCAUCCCGGGCCUCCAUGGCCCCAUCCCGGACACGUUCGGCAAACUCUCGCACCUCUCCAUCUUCAACAUCAUGCGCACCUCCGUCUCGGGCUCCCUGCCGGCGUCGCUCUCCCGCACAAACCUCACCUCCGUCAGCUUCUUCGGCAACAAGCUGACCGGAAGGAUCCCCAGGUCGCUCCAGGACCUGCCUUAUCUGACCUACUUCGACGCCUCGAACAACCGCCUCGUCGGCCGGAUCCCGCCGCGGCUGGUGAGCAACGGCGCGCGCGACAGGCCGCUGGGCCUGACGCUGACAAACAACCGGCUGACGGGGCCGAUUCCCCGGACGUACGCGCGCGAGAGAUACUUCAUGAACUUCCGGGUGGCCAACAACAGGCUAACGGGGGACGCGGCGUUCCUGUUCGGCCGGCGGAACACGGUGUACGAUAUCGACCUGUCCGGGAACAGGCUGCGGUUCAACCUGACCGGCGUGGUGAUGCCGGAGAACCUGCUGUUCCUCAACAUGAGCCGCAACCGGAUCUACGGCGGCGUGCCGGCGUCGCUGACGCAGUUGAAGAAGUUGACCACGCUCGACCUCAGCUACAACCAGCUCUGCGGGGAGAUACCCACCGGCGGGAACAUGGGUCGGUUCAAGCCGGAGACCUACGAGCACAACAAGUGCCUGUGCGGGACCCCAUUGCCGACGUGCUAG